GGGGGCCACACAAUGCACCCGCGGUCCCGGCUCGGUGGCUGGUGCCGCCGCGACCCGCAGUGCCGGGGGAGGUGGGUGCACCGGGGGCUCUCCCGCCUUCAUCCAUGGGGCUGGGGGUGCCCCUUUCCUGAACGGGGCUUGAGGACCGGGCGAGGGGGUGCCCCCUUUUCUUUCUGCCCCCCUCCCCUUGCCUUUUCCGCCCCCAGGCUCUGCCCUUUCUCCCCCCGCUCCCCCACCGCUCCAUGCAGAGAUGGAGUUUGACUCGUACCAACACUACUUCUACGACCACGACGCCCAGGAGGAUUUCCACCGCUCCACGGCGCCCAGCGAGGAUAUCUGGAAGAAGUUCGAGCUGGUCCCCACGCCCCCCCUGUCUCCCCUGGGUACCUCCGGGGAGAAAGCCUGCUGCUCGGGGGCGGAGGAGCGCUCCGGCUGCCUCUCCCGCUACUGCCUGGCCGGGGAAGAGCCGGAGUACCUCAUAGGGACGGGGGAGAUCUUCGGGAACCUGAGCGCUUUCAUCCUCAAGGAUUGUAUGUGGAGCGGGUUUUCAGCCCGGGAGAGGCUGGAGAAGGCGAUGACAGAAAAACUUUCCACGAGCACACAGAGGGCCACCCCCCACAAGCCCUCCUUCGCGCAGGAUUUUGGGUUCAGCAGCUCGGUGAGCGAGUGCGUGGAUCCCGCUGCCGUCUUCCUUUGCCCGCUGGCCGAGAGCAAGAUCCCCGCAUCCUCGGGAUCCGAGGGCCAAAGCGAUUCUGCAGAAGGAGAGGAGAUUGAUGUGGUGACGGUGGAGAAGAGACAAUCGCUCAGCCUAAGGAAGCCGGUCACCAUCACGCUGCGUGCCGACCCCUUGGACCCCUGUAUGAAACGCUUCCACAUCUCUGUCCACCAGCAGCAGCACAACUAUGCCGCCCGCUCGCCGCCAGACGCCUGUCCCCCACCAGAGCCACCCCAGCAGGAUGAGCAUGAGCCACUGAGCGCUGCGGAGCCAGCCCCUGCCAUCACGCUGCCUGAGCCCGGCUUGCCAAAAGCCGGCAGCAGCCCCGGCUCUGACAGCGAGGAUGUGGCCAAGAGGAAAAACCACAAUUACCUGGAGCGCAAGCGGCGCAACGACCUGCGCUCGCGCUUCCUGGCCCUGCGGGACCAGGUGCCUGGCCUUGCCAGCUGUCCCAAGACGCCCAAAGUGGUGAUCCUGAGCAAAUCCUCAGAGUACCUGCAGUCGCUCAUCAGUGCUGAGAAGAGGAUGGCCGCCGAGAAGCGGCAGCUGCGGCUGCGGCAGACCCAGCUGCUCAAACGGAUUGCUCACCUCAAGGGGCACUAGCACCCAACGUGUCCCCCCUUCCCUGGUCCCCAUGACCCCCCUGGCUGCCUCUCAAUUUGCACAUUUUUUGGGUUUUAUUUUUUGGUUGGUUGGUGAACUGUUGGCCCCAGGGGGCUGGAGCACAUGGUGGUUGCUGCAUGUGGGGUGGCUGCAGUGGUGCUCCUAGCUGUGGGAAUGGGUCCACAGUGGGGGGCCCCCUCCAUGGCAUCGCCUGCCUGGGCUGAUUUAUUGGCACCGGGUGUUGCAAGAUUUUCCCUGUCCCGCCUGUGAAGCUUUCUCAAGUGACUUCUUCAACUCGCAGGCUCAAAUCUGUUCCCUGUCCCCGGCAGCCCCUGUACCCCUCUCUGCUGUUUGCCACCAACAGCAUCGCUCAGAGCUGCCCCUGGGCAUCCAUCUCACCCUAAAAAUCCCAAGCAACCAUGAUCUGCUUCGGCUCAGGGAAGCAGGCGGCGGCAGACGCAGAGCCCAGCACGAGGCUCGUCUCUGGAUGGGUCCCCAUGGAGAUGGCGACGGCAGGAUGCCUCACUCACCAGGGAUAACAGCACCAUGUGGGCGGUCCCCCUGCUCGGCUGGACCAUACCUCACUUUCUUACCACUUCACGCAGUAGCUUGUCUUGGAUUUUAUGUUCUAGAAACUGCUGCUGUAACUGCGAGUCUUAUACUGGAGGCUGUGUUUUUUUUAUACUGUAUUUUUGUACCACUUUUUGAGAAGUAUUGGUAAAGAGUUUGCUUUUUUUAUAUAUAUAUAUA